AUGAGUUUCAUGAAUAUCGAGUCCGUGGAGGGUGCUGUAGGGUCUGCAAUGCCAAUUAGCACCAAUGAGAAUAGAUCAGAUCACGAAUCAGAUGAAGAGGCCUUGAGCCAGCUUCCGCCAGACUUGUCUGAGCAUCUGGCUGGGGAACUGGACGGAGAGCAUUCGCACGGAAGUACGCACUCAGAAAGUCAUUUUGACGCGGAAAAGGCCCUUGAACACUCGAAAAACUUGAUAGAUAAUCCAAAUUUGAAAUUAAACAUGCCAGACGCGCUGGACCACGAAAACUUCUCUAAGCUUCUAGAACUGGAUUCUAAGAACGAUGAUGAUCUGUUUUCAUCUGCAGACUUACUGGAACAUGACAUUCCUGAGGAUUUGAGUAAACUCGUUGACGAAAGCACAAAGGUUCUGCACGACACAGUAAGAGAAGACCAUUCGAUCGCAAGCCCGUCAAGCGGGAAAGAGCUGAGUGAAAGCAUUCAUCAAAGUGCCUCUGAGCUGCAGCACUCUCAAAAUCAAUCGGAGCGCUCCCCGCACUCUCGUGAAGACUCCGCUCACUCCUCAAACAACCUCCAUUUUGAAGCAAAGGACGCUAUUUCUUCUUUGCCAGAUGAUUCAGUGGCACUCACAAAAGACUUAUAUAAUUCGGGUACUCUAUCGGCUGGUGCUGGAACACGAGAAGAUACACCCACUUCCAUUUUUGAAGCUAAAGAUGAGGGAGAUUUUGAGGAACACACAAAACAGGAGACCCUGUCGCCCUCCCACUUUCAGCCCAUGUCGCUGCCGCCUCCUCCACUGCCAGAAAACGCUGUCAACAAACACCCUCCGCCACCACCGCCACCACCACCGGUAAAUGACCUGAACUCACAGGUUGCCAUGACUGAGUUUCAAGACCCGACAACUAACGAUUCUGAGCAAUCCAAAAUUUCCGCGUACGCCCGAUUGGAUUUUCAAAGUUUUACGUUUUACGUCCAGACGUUACAAGUUAUCAUAGGACGUCGCUCGGAGAACGAUUUUACUCACAAAGUUGAUGUCAAUUUAGGACCUUCAAAGUCCAUCUCUAGAAGACAUGCACAAAUUUUCUACAAUUUUGGAACUGGACGAUUCGAGCUAUCAAUCAUGGGUAAAAAUGGCGCUUUUGUUGACGAUGCAUUUGUUGAAAGAGGAAUUACGGUGCAACUCAAGAAUAGGGCAAAGGUCCAAAUUGGCCAAAUACCCUUCCAAUUCGUUCUUCCUGAGCAAGAGGGUAAAGAAAAGAAAGUCACGGCUCCUGCCGAUGCCAUUCCGGUUAAAACCCCACUUAGCAGCUCCAACAAGAUUGCAGAACUAUCACGAAGCUCUCCAUCAAGUGCGUUGUUGGCAGGUAACGAACAGAACGUACCAAAACAAGAAGAAACGGAAGUACCUGCGCUUAAAAAGAAACUUCCGCCCAAGAAGAAGGAAAAGAAGGAGGCAAAACCUCCCAAGCCGCCCAAGAAGGUGUACACUUUAGACGAGAUUCCUGUGGAAUACAGGUCAAAACCAGCUGGAUCUUAUUCCAACCUCAUAACGGCAUGUCUGAGAAAAUACUCGAGCGCAAAAGGCAUGUCGCUGUCCGGGAUCUACGCUGGUAUCAGAGAGCUUUUUCCUUAUUACAAAUAUUGUCCGGACGGUUGGCAGAGUUCUGUCAGACACAAUCUUUCUCUCAAUAAAUCAUUUAGGAAGGUAUCAAAGGAGGGAAAAGGAUGGUUGUGGGGGCUCAAUGAAGAAUACAUUGCAGAAAGGGAAAAGCAGAAGAAGAAACAAGCAGAAGCCGCCGCAUUGAAGGCUAAAGCGGCACAAUUGAAGUUAGAGCAGCAGCAACAGCAAAAGGCCAAACGGCCUAGUCCAGGGGAUUCGAGUUCCUCCAAAUCCAUUUCAAGUGUUCAGAUUAUGAACACCAAACCCCGACAGCCUAACAUCUCGCAAACUUUGGCUGCCAAUAGAGCCGACAGAAAGGCAACGGCUGAUGGAAACCAGCGGACAAUGAAAUAUCUUCAAGAACAGCUCAUGGUUCUCACGAAAGACCGCAAGGGUCUAGACAAGCAAGUCAUGGCAAGUAUUUUAACCCAGGCCUUAGCAAUGACAAUAAAUCAAGUGACGCAAGCCGCUAAAUCCAAGGGAAUAACUGGUAAUCCAUUGACUGCUCUCAUAGACAAGAAUCCUCAGCACCUAAACUUGAUUUUAGCGGCUGCGGUAAACGCAGCAACUAUUAAAGUAACGAACGGAUCUGUGAAACAAUUGGUUUCCAUGCCACCGCCAACAGCUUCGAACGUGAACUCCGAAAGCACUUCUAGUAGCGUGCCAAUCAAUUCGCCAAGUGCAAGCAUACCUUCCCGUCCUCCAGUGCCGUCUUCACAACAACAGGGCCAAUCCUCUGAGUCUUUUGACCCAAGCUCUUUAUCAAAGUUCUUUCAGCCAAAGCAGCCUUCGCGAGUAGCGACUCCAAACCCUCCAAGAAGCGUGAUACCUCAAAAAAGGGCAUCAAGUGAAACCGAAUCAAGUUCAGGUGAGGAAUCUUCGAGUGAAGACGGAAGCGAUACGGAGGGCAGUGACGACAGUGAUUCUUCAGAUAGCUCAGACAAUGAAGACAGUAGCAGCGGGAAAGAUUCCUCCAGUGAGGAAGGGAGUAGUGACGGCGAGUGA